AUGGGGAGCCCCCAUCACCGGCCCGACGGUCGCCUCCGGACCAGAGCUUUCUGCAGCCCCGAGCUGCCGCCCUGCACUGAGACACGGCCGGGACCACCGGGAAGCCAUUCGUCUGUCCGAGCAGCGCCGGUAUCCCUCAUUCCCGGGGGCUCCUCGGCAUCCAGCAUCUCCCGCCCACCCCCGCCGCCGCUACGGCCACCCGCAGGGGCAUGGGGAGCGGCUGCUCGGCUGCCCGCCGUGGCGUUUCCCCCGCGGGCUGCUGAGGCAGACGGGACGGGAGCAGCCGGCAGCCUGCCCGGCCCGCCGGCUCCGCUCCUCGCACGGGGCCGGUGUCCCGGGGCCGCCCGCCCCGCCGGAGCAGCCCUUGGCCGAGAGGCUUUCCCGGGACGGGGGGGAACCCGACUCCCCUGGCCCGGCUCGUCCCGCCCUCGGGCGCGCUCACUCCCCCGCCCCGUAAGUAGCGGCGGCCGCGGCCGUCGGGGCGCAGAGCGGCGGGGAUGGGGACCCGCGGCGGGGGGCUCUACGUGGGGCGCAGGGCGGCCCCGCGCCCCCGGCCCCGCCGCCCCUCCGCCGCCCGCUCCUGCGGCCGGCUCCGUUCGCCGCCUGCCCCGCCACCUCCUGCCGCUCCACUACGACCUGGAGCUGUGGCCGCGGGUGCGGCCGGGCCAGGCCGGGCCCUUCGCCUUCACCGGGCAGGUGAACAUCACGGUGCGCUGCCUGCAGGACACGGACGCGGCGGUGCUGCACAGCGCCGGGCUGCGGAGCCGCGGGGCCGCCGCCGUGCGCGGGCCCCUGUCCGAGCCGGGCGCCGCCGUGGAGGUGGCGGGGCUGCGGCAGGAGGAGGCGGCCGAGGUGGCGGUGCUGGAGCUCCGCGGGCGGCUCCGCGCCGGGAGCCGCUACGUGCUGCAGCUGGGCUUCCAGGGCCGGCUGGAGGAGGACCUCGACGGGCUCUUCCUCACUCGCUACACCGACCGGGGGCAGAGCAGUAUGCUCAUUGCCUCCCAAAUGGAACCAACACAUGCCAGGAGAGUUUACCCGUGUUUUGAUGAACCUGCCAUGAAGGCCACAUUUAAUAUCAGAAUUAUCCAUGAUCCAAGCUAUGUGGCUCUUUCCAACAUGCCUGCUAUUGAUGUAUCUGAAGUGAAGGAUGAAAAUGGAAGCCUGUGGACAAUUACCACAUUUAACACUUCACUGAAAAUGUCAACUUACUUGACUGCUUUUGUGAUUUGUGAUUUUGAUUAUGUCAACAGAACUGAGCGGGGAAAUGAGAUACGUAUUUGGGCCCGGAAGGAGGCAGUUAAAAAUGGGUAUGUUGACUAUGCUUUAAAUAUCACAGGACCAAUGUUUUCAUUUCUGGAAGACAUACUUAAUGUCAGCUACCCUCUGCCAAAGACAGAUCUGGUCGCAUUGCCUGACUUUGGAGCAGGUGGUAUGGAAAACUGGGGGCUAAUGAUUUUCCAAGAAGCAUCAUUGAUGAACCUCCCAAGUGAUGAAUUCACAAACAGGAAGGCAAUGAUUGCCUUAAUUUUGUCGCAUGAACUAGGACAUCAGUGGUUUGGAAAUCUGGUUACAAUGAACUGGUGGAAUGAUCUGUGGCUUAAAGAGGGCCUGGCAUCUUACUUUGAGUACCUGGGAGCUACCUUUGUUGAACCCAAGCUUUCACUGGAUAAAAUCUUUUAUGCUCAUGUUGUACAACCUGUCUUAAGGGAAGACAGUGAAAUAGCUCGAUCACUGUCAGAGAGUGAAGACAAGAUCAAAGGAUCAUUUUCUUUAAUGUCCCUUUUUGACAACAUUACAUACAGCAAGGGGGCUUCUAUAACCUGGAUGCUUUCUGGUUUCCUGACUGAAAAGUUGUUCAUCAGAGCACUUACUUCCUAUCUGAAAGAAUUUUCCUUCUCAAAUGCUAAUCAAGAUGAUCUGUGGACCCACAUCCAGAUGGUUGUAGAUGCACAGGAUGAAGUUCAGUUGCCAGCACCUGUAAAGCAAAUAAUGGAUUCCUGGACAUGCCAAAAUGGGUUUCCAGUUUUAACAUUAAAUCUAACUACUGGAACAAUCAGACAGGAGCAGUUUUUUAAUAAAAACAAUAGAAAGACUACUGAUUCUUACAAUAACACCUGGAUUGUUCCUAUUUCUUGGAUGAGAAAUGGAUCAUCACAACCCUUAACCUGGCUAGAUAAAAGCAGCAAAAUGUUUCCUGAAAUGCAAGUAUCAGAGUCAGACUAUGACUGGAUCUUGAUAAAUGUAAAUUUAAGUGGAUACUACAGAGUGAACUAUGACCAAUUAAACUUGAAGAGAUUAGCACACUUGCUUGAAAAUGAUCCUAAGGCUAUUCCCACUGUCAGCAGGUUCCAGCUGAUAGAUGAUGUUUUUGCAUUGACAGACUUUGGAUAUGUUCCAAUUGAAACAGCACUUGAACUAACGAAAUACCUUGCCAGAGAGGAUGAACUCUUCAUAUGGAAUGUGGUAUUGUUAAACCUUAUACCUGAGAAUUUGGAAAGUACACUGAAGAACCAUGAAGUAUAUCCACUUUUAAAGAAAUACCUUUUAAAGAGAAUGUUGCCAAUAUACCAUUAUUAUGCAGGUUUUAUUCGUCAAAAUGUUGAUGCUUUGGAAGAUGACUAUUUUGCUCAAGUGUAUUUGGAAAAACUCUUGGCAACAGCAUGCUGGCUGGGCCUCCAAGACUGCUUGGACCUGUCAUCUGAACUGUAUGCUAAGUGGAGGGACAACCCUGACUACAAAAUCCCCUUUCUAAUUAGAAGAACAGUCUGCUGCUAUGGUGUUGCAGUGGGAAGUGAUAAAGAAUGGAAUUUUGCAUGGGAAAUGUACAAUCAUACCGACUCCACUGAGGAAGAUGAAGACAUCCUUCUCUAUGCCAUGAGCUGUGCCAAAGAGUCAUGGUUACUUUACAGAUACUUGCAAUAUGGACUCAGUGACACAUUAUUUUCUUCCAAUUGUACUUCAGUCAUCAUCUCACAUGUAGUGACUAAAGAUAUUGGGCACCGUAUAGCCUGGGAAUUUGUUACAGAAAAUUGGCCACUUUUAAGUCAAGGAUAUGGGCAUGAAUUAUUGCAUGAUGUACUAAAAGCCAUGGGAAGAUUUGUCAAAACAGAUGUACAGAUCCAAGAGUUGCAGGUUUUUUAUAAUGCUACUUUGGAAGAGGAUGAGAGAGAGGCUAUUACUAUGCUACUGGAAUCUGCAAAACUUGAAAAUAUUGAAAGGAGAAAACUAUUAAACAGAAUUGCCAGCUGGUUAGAGAAAAAUGUAGAUGAUUGACUUGGAAAACAAUUUCCAGUAUAUUAUAUGUGAUUCACUAUCAUAUUGGUAUUCAUUAUAAGCUGUAAUUAAAGGUAA